AAAAAAUCACAUCUGAGCCCACAGCCCACAGCGACGCGACCUAGUCACCAGUCACCAGGACGCGCCGCCGCUCGGCGCUUACCCAGUCUGCCGCCGCCGCUCCUUCUCAUCGGUAGUUCGGCGCUGACCGCCGGUGGCCGGAGGCCCGAAGCAACCGCCGCGACCCGCCGACCCGCCGAGCCGGACCAGACGGUCGCACUGCCGCUCAGGAGGAGCUCCUCUCGCCCGCGCCUCCGGUACCGACGGUCGACGCCCUCGUCUCCUCCGACCCUCCCCGCUCCCAGUGCCGGCCGUGGCCUCGGCCUCGUGGUUGAGUUACUGCUGUCCCGUGCCUACCCCCUCCAUCAUGAUGGCGGAAGAGGACGUUGACUGGACACAGGUGUUUGAUCGGGUCAAAGGUUCAAUCUUUUCCAUCCAGUUUGCUCCGAAACAAGACCAGCUCGAAGAACUCAAAAUCCUGGCUGAUGAGGUCAAGACAGUAAAAGAUAAAGAAUCGCGGUACGACAAGGUCAGGAAUGGGCAUUCUUCUACUGGUUUUGCCUACUAUUCUAGACCAACCGGACUGCUAAUCAUGACAAGUGCACACGGUUUGAGCCAUCUCUUCAAUGCGUCUCGACCUUUGACACGAGAGACACUGGAUAUGAUGGACAUUACUGUCUUAUGUGAUCACCAGGAAGAAACUAUUCAGGAAGCUAGGUUGGUUAAUGCUGUCAGGAAGUACGGCACUGCAACAGUAGCUGGGGUUGAUUCAGGUGAAGAUACAAUUGUUCUGAGUGUUGAGAACAGCAGCCUCAAGAAUUACUCAGACGAUGGCGUAUGCGCCCAAGCACACCCUACCCUUGAGAUCUCUGCCAAAACUCCAAUAAAUCAUAGGCAGUGCAUGAUGGUGUCUUGGCCGUCCAAUAUGCCUAGAAUGGUCUCUAUAGGUACAACUGUUUCUUCAAGGGGGAUUGACAUGCCCGAUCCUUUGGGGUACAACAUGAAUGUAUUGGAAGUCGACAUGAGAACUGCUGAGAGCUCGUCCGGGGCGCCACUGUUCAACUCAAACGGCGAGGUCAUUGGUAUUCUGCAAGGGAGACUGAGUCGGACCCGCUCGAUCUUCGUGGCGGGGUCACAUCUGCAUGGAUGGGUCCAAGCAGCUCAUGGCGCAUGAGUUAAAGCUGCAAAUCGUCGACCAAAAUAGAAUUUAGGCUCUAUUUAUCUUGGCAUGUAGUAAUUCUCUGUUAGUAACACUCAUUCCGUAUGUUAAGACAUUAAUUUAUGUCUCCUCUUGCCUUGGUUUGGCGGUUGGGUCGCCUGUGCUAGUGGCAAACAAAAAACUGUUAGUAGUAUGUAGCAUCCAUAAUUGCCAAUGGUAAGUGUAAGUCUCGGAAGUACAGUAUGACGAAACCGCAGGCAUGUGUUCUUCAGA